GUUGCCCAACACACAAUUUGUUGAAUGUGUUUAUGUUGCCGGUUGUGCCGCCAAUAUUUUCUGUUUUUCCGGUUUUAAUUAUAAUUUAACUCCGAAUUUCAACAUGUAUGUCAACAUGAGCUAUCGCGAGGUUACCACCAAAAACCUGAAACCAGCGGACUGGACCGAAGUUAAUAUAAAUACAGAAACACUAAACACACUGCAGGAUACCAAAACAUUUGAGAUAUCUGGCGGACAUUGCUACAAAAAUAAUAAUGUGCAGUACAGGAAUCGAUUCAUAUAUUGGCGGACGAACAAGGAGGUGCUGGAGCUAGCUGAAAUUAGCCUGGAUAUAUCGCUUGUGAGAAACCAUUUGCGUCUGCGCUUCACCGACUCGGCUGUGCUCAAUGUAUCCCUUACGGAGCACCACAAAGCCAUCACACUGCUGGUCGUCACCGUGAGCAGUGUCCAUCGCUACGUGUUCCCACUUAAGGUGGUUGGUGAAAACGCGGGCACUGCCGCCGCCGGACAAGACGAUCUGCAGUCGCAAUCAAUCUUUUACGAUGUGAACGAAAAGAUCGACGAUCCGAGCGCCUUCUAUGUUACGGAUGGACUGGGCACGAUGCCCACUGUGGCUGCUUCAUUUAUGUCGGAGCACGCCCAAGUGGCCUACUUUGCGGUGGCCUACCAGAGCAAGCUGGUGCUGCACGUCAUGAACUGUGUCACUGGCUCCACGGUGACGCACGAGGUCAAGGAACCGCAUCUGAUGCCUCGCUUUCUCUCCAGCCUCACGGGCGCUCUAAUUAGGCGAGCGGAAUCUGUGGAUGCGCCCAAUUCGAUGGAGUUCAGUGAAAUCGAUGGCAAGACGUAUCUUCUGGUGGUCUAUAGGAGCAACGAGCUGCGCCUUUGGGCAGUGGACACGAUGCAGACAGUUUCCACCAUUAACUGCUCUGGCGGCGCUCAAGGUGCACCGUCAGCACAAGGACCGCAAACCAAUCAGAUACGAAAAAUAGACGAUCAAAACUUUUGCGUAUUCCUCUCACACGACGAUGGGGCCGAGUUUGUUUGCGUGCAUCUCGAUGGGACUACGAUGCCAGAUGGAAGUGCCAGAGACCUCGAGUUUAUUGUGAAGCACACGGUUGUGGCGCCCCAAAUGGAUCUGGCCGAUUUCGAUGUCACCCUCACACACAUCUGGGCUCUCUGGAGCAAUGCCGAGGGGGAUUUCAAUGUCUCGACGAUAUAUGUGGGCUCUGAUCAGGCUAUCGAAUGGGUUUCCUCGGUACUGGAGCCGCCACCAGAUCGUUAUUGUCUCACCAUGGAGCAGGGUAUUGAUCCGCGCGAGGCCUACUGCUCGUACAUCUUCCAUCCGGGUCGAUUUGAUCGUACGGUGAUUACCAAGGCCUUAUAUAUGUUCCGACGCGUCAACCUGCAGUUCGAUGUUAGGCAGCUGUCGAUGACCGUGCUCAAGGAGCAGGUGUGCCAGGCCGUCGAGGAUGAGAUCCAGAACGAGUUCAAAGAGUUUGUGGUCAGUGACGAGGAGUAUCUGGAAGCUGCCACACGGCUGUGGGAUCGUUUCUAUUCAUGCUGCGAGCAAUACCACAUCAAGUACUCGGAGCCCAUUGGUUUGUCCAUUUUGGGUCCCAUGGAUGCGGCAUGCCUCAUUAGGCGGCAGUCCUUUGCCCUGCUACGGCCGUGCGAGCUGCUGGAGCAUGUACUGCUCAUUGGAGAGCAGACCAGGGAUGUGGCCUCAAUACUGGCUCCAUGCUUUCGCAACGAUCACACAUUGUCGCAGGCAGUCGCUGAGCUAAUGAGGAUCAUCACUCAGGUGGAAAAGUCGCUGCCAGAGGAUGUCAAAAUGGAGUUGGAUAAGAAACUCUAUCAGCGCGAGGCGCCCAUUGAUCUGGUGACCAAGCUUGUGGGCAGCAGCAUCGAUGAUGAUGAUAUUAGUCCCACCCUGCCCAUGCACACUGUUCAGGAGCUGAAGAAACAGCUGCAGAAUGUCACAAAUCUGCAGGAUGCCGUCGAUAUGCUGCUGAAUAUUCUGUGUGUGAUCGAACCGGAUGCCCCGCCGCCACAAGACUAUGCCAGAUCCACGCGUUUCCUGCUGCCAACUGGCGCGUUGUUUGGCAGCGAGUAUGGCAUAUCCAUUCUAGCCGAGACGUUCAAACAAAUGGCUUUGAUACGCUUUUCUGUCUGCCGCGAUCUGCUGAUUCUGCUGUGCAUUAUGGAGGAGCAGGAUGGAACAGACAGUAAUGGCCUGGUGACGGCUGAUAACUAUAUGCGAUCGUACUAUACGCUCGUUUGGAUGGCCGUGACGCCCAUUUCCUCGAAUACACCAGCUGGAUUUGAGGCUUCCAUACAGCGCUUGAAUCGCGCACAACUCUUUGAUGGCUAUUCCCGACCGUACUCGAGUCAUGUGCGUGGCUAUGGCAAUGAUCAGACCACGCUGCUCUGUUUAUUCCUGCGUUCCAAGGGCCUGUUCAGUGCUCUGGCCAAGCUGCUGUCCAAGGCGGGCAUGCAACUGGAGACGGAGCCAGCGACGUUGCGACAAACGCUGCUGCAGCUGGUCACCUACACCAAUGAGAUGCUUUGGCCCGAAUCUCCUAGCUAUGUAUUCCCAGAAUGGCUCUUUGGCACAUGCCACCAGAUAAUUGUGCAGGACUAUGUGCGCCUGCUAGCCGUCUGGUGCGAAAAGAAGGCCCAUUGUCGCACAUUUAUGCUGGCUGUUUCGCUGCUGGAUUGUGGCGAGACACAAAAGGCUGUGCUGCUCUUUCAGGAUACCGCUGAAAAGGUGCUCGAUGAUGCAUUCCUCAUCGAGCACGUGCUGAAGAAUACACCGCUCCACGGCCAGCUGAAAGAGAGCCUCGAACUGGGCAAUGAUGAUGGACCAUCGUUGGAGGACAAGAAACAGGCGGUGGUUCAUUAUUAUCUAAAGGUCAUACAGCUCUUUGAGCAGUAUUCGGCCGUGGACUACAUCAUACAGCUGGCCCUUACGGCCAUAAGCAAGCUGGGCGAACGCGAUCCACAGCUGCCCAUGUUCCAAUCGAUCGUUUUCAACAAUCAUAUGCAUCUGGGCCACUACGAGGAGGCGUAUCACGCAUUAAUUUACAAUGCCGACAUAUCUAGGCGCAAGGAUUGCCUGCGUCAGUUGGUGGUGACGCUGUUCCAAUGCAAGAGCCUGGACCUGCUCAUGAAGCUGCCGUACAAUGGCCUGCAGAACGAGUUCGAGAAUAUUGUAGAGUCGCGUGCCCGGUCGAUGAGCAUCGAUCAGAAUGAAGUCUAUAACUUUUUGUAUGCCUUCCACACGAGCAAGGGAAACAUGCGCAAGGCGGCCACCGUCAUGUACGAGCAGGCCAUGCGGCUGCAGGUGAGCAGCAAUGCCCCCAAGGCACUGGACAAGCGUUGCUCCUCGCUGCUGAUCUGUGUGAAUUGCCUGAAUCUGGUCGACAAUCGGUACAGAUGGAUAGCCAAGCCAAUCAUUGGCGACGAGCGAGUGUUGGCCAUGGAUGUGGAUAAUGAAGAUGAGGUGCCGCCAAACGACGAUGAAGUGCUGGUCCUGGAGCUGGCCGACAUACGGCGCGAACUUGUGUACGUUGAGGCGCUAAAGGAGCUCUCCCACUACCGCAAGGACAUAGCCGCCUAUGAGGUGGCAGGAGCUGAAGAACUGUCCUAUCUGCUGAGCAGCUAUGGCCUGUAUACGGCUGCCCUGAAACUGUCCCGCGGGCAUACGUUCUCUGUGCUGCCGACAUUUGAGAGUCUGGCCGCAGCCUGUGUGAGCGCCACCGAAGAGAAGGACACCGAUGCCUGGGCCUGGCUGCAGAACAACGAUCUGGCAGAUCUGCCACAUCGUAAUAAUGCCGCUGAUAUGGCAUGGUCCCUGCUGCAGAAGCUGAUACUCGACAACGAGCGCAAGGACUCGACGCUCAUACGCAAGAGCGUCGUUAACCGAUUGCUCACAAUGAAUGCAUUUGUGCCCAAGUGGCUGUACGACUCCUACAAGCUGAACAAUUGCCGCGAGCUGUUGCAUCUGUAUGUCCGGCACAAUCGUUUGCUGGAGGCCGCCGAUAUGGCCAGCGAGAUGAUCUGUGCCAUGCUUGGCGCUGGCAGCGAAUACUUUGAUUUCCAGCAGUCGAUCAAUGUGACAACGCCGCAGCUAGCAUUCCCCAUUAACACAAUGGAUCUGCUGCUGCACGCCCUGAAGGUGAAUGGCAAGGAGCACUCCGAGUAUGAAGUGGCCUGCGUACAGCUGGAGGAGGAUGUGGCCAGAUACAUUGAGACAGUCAGCCGCACCACAUCGGAUAAAAUGAAAAUGGCCAUUUUACGGAAUCGCGAAGAGCUCCAGCUGCAGACAAUACGCCAGUAAUUCAGUUUAAAAAAGAUUAUAAAGUUUAUUUCGAAUUAAAUGUGCUUAAAAGUCA